AUGUCCUCUGUUACGCGGGUAGUGCGACGGCGCUCGUCGUCAAUCGUGCAGGCAGUCAAGAACCCAAAUGCGACAAUCUUCACGCCCAUCGUCCUGGCCCUCAUGGCCGGGUUACAGCGCCUUGACCUCUCGCGAGACCCACGCAAAACGAUCGCCCGGGUGCGCGCAUACAAGCCCACCGUGGGGAGCGUUGCGCAGCUAGUCUUGAUGGCCAGCACGUGGCUGUACUGCCUGUGGAUGAUGGUUGCGCCAUGGUGGGUCAAGCUCGCCAUCCCCUCCUUGUGGACGACCGCGGUUCUGCUCCCCAUCACGAGCCAGUUCUUUUGGCCUGCCACGCCCGUCCUGUCGUGGGUCAUCCUCUUCUUCUCGGCCCGGUACAUCCCUCCAGAAGCGCGGCCGGCCAUCCAUGUCGCCCUCCUGCCAGCACUAGAGAGUGUGCUGUACGGUGCCAACAUCUCCGACCUCCAGACCCGCUUCACCCACCCCUUGUUGGACGUCAUUGCCUGGCUGCCCUACGGCGUCAUCCACUUUGCGUUCCCUGUGGUGGUUGCCAUUCUGCUCUGGCUCUUCGGGCCCAAGGGCUCGGUUCAGUACUGGGGCAAGGCGUUCGGCUUCAUGAACAUGUUCGGCGUGUGGACUCAAAUCGUGCUCCCGUGUGCUGCCCCCUGGUACGAGAUCAUCCACGGCCUCACUCCAGCCAACUACGCCAUGCCCGGCUCUCCCGGUGGCUUGCUGCGCAUUGACCGCGUCUUCAACAGCCAGGGCUACACGAACACGUUCGGCAACGCGCCGCUCGUCUUCGGAGCCUUCCCAUCGUUGCAUUCCGGCUGUGCAGUCAUGGAAGCGCUCUUCAUGAGCCACUUCUUCCCCUUCCUCAAGCCCGUGUACUGGGGCUACACCGGCAUCCUCUGGUGGGCGACCAUGUACCUGAGCCACCACUAUCUGAUCGACCUGGCUGGCGGCGCGUGCCUCUCCGUGCUCACGUUCUACCUCUUCAUGCCGGCCGAGUUCAAGGACAGCGACCAGAUCAUGUGGCCCAGUGCUGCCAACGCGAAUGCGAGCGAGUACGAGCUCGUGACGGCCAACGGACAUGCCCACGACGAUGUCGACUUUGACGAGGAGAUCCGCCGCCUCGAGGAGGGUGAGGGUGAGGGUGAGGGUGAGGGUGAGGAUGAGGACGAGGAGGCGCAGGUCGAGGGCAAGGAUAAGAGGAACGCGCGUAAUGUCACAUGGGGAGAGACGCGCGUGCUCGGCGAGUAG